AUGGACUCUCCGAAACCAUUCCCAAUUCUCCGUCUACCGUUUCUUGCAAUUGAAGACGUUUUUAAAGCGAUGCACCCAUAUGAAAUAUUCAUCUUCUCAGUGAUUUCGAAACGGACAAAAAGAAUAUCAAAGCAGAUGAGUUUCUAUCCGAGAUAUGCUAUUUGUCUUUGUAUAGAUGAAACACUGGGAAUAGAAAUUCAUGGAACUAAUAAUGUGAAAUUGUGUCUUUAUCUAAGGACAAUGGAGGAAAACACUGUGGAAGGUGAAGGUAGUAGUUACUACAAUUUACGGAGAAUAUUAAAGUAUUCGACGGAUCCAGUAGAGGAAUGGAAAUUGUUGUGUAAACAUGUAUUGGAAAUAUUCAAGAAACAGUCGAUAGACAAUUUAUCGAUGACUAUGGAUGUAUUCGUAGAUCAAAACGUUUCGAUUAUUGAUUUUUUGAAGACUAAUGUACAAUCAGUAGACAUAUGCAAUCUGGAUCAGUCGGAAGAAAAAAAUGACGUAGACGAACACGCCGCAUAUCUUCUCAAUAAUUUAAAAGUUAACAAUGAGUUAAAUUUUUUGCUACGCAUUAAAAACGUCAAUUUCAAUGGAAAAUUUCCAAAAAAUCAGAAAGAAUUAUAUAUCGAAAAUGGGGAUUGGAUUGGAUAUGAGAAGUUGUUGGAAAUAGAUAGUGUCCAAGUGAUUCUUGUAACAAAUCGGAUCUCAAACAAGGACUGGAAUUUGUUUUUUAAGAAAUGGAUUGCGAUGGAAACUCAAUUGAAUUUGGAAUUAAUGUACUUUGAAAUCAAAUCACUGGAAGAAUUCAGAUCACUCGUAUUGCAUGAUAUACCGCAUGAAGUAGUGGAUGGAGGAGUCAAACGAGUAUUGAAAACUUAUCGCGAUGUAACUCGAGAGAUUAGCGGAGGUGUCGACAUCAAACGAAUCGAUGGAAAAACGGCAACGUUCUUCUUGCUAUAUGAUUAUUGUUCAAUGAGUGUUCACUGA